AUGAUUCAGUCAAGACUAGCUGCAACCGCAACAAGAUCGUAUAGAUCCCUCUCUUUAGCCUAUAAUCAAGCUCGACUUCGGGGAUUUGCUACAGAACCAACUGGUCGCCCUGCUGAUCCUGAGGUUUACGCUGACCGUGAACAUGAAAAUCAACCUGCUGUUCCCACUGGAAAACCCGAAGAAGUGAUAGAAAAGUACGAGCCUGAAACGGGAAAGCAACAAACAGAAGCAGAACACAGACCCAAUAGAGAUACCGAACCAUUGGCACCACCCAAACCUCCACACGUGUCUACUCCUAGGCUGGAAAAUACUGGAGUUCUCAAUCCAGCAGAACCCAUCGUCCAACAAAGGCCAAAGAACUCAACGUUGGCACUAGAAGAAGUUAGCUGCGCUGGACUUGAUGGCACACCAUGGCCAAAGGAUGAGAGAAGCACUAGAGAAGGAGUAGAAGAUGACAGAGAAUAUUUCAGGCAUCACAAGGCGUCGCCUUUAUCAGAAAUCCAGGUGGCGGAUACUAGAAAGCCGAUAACAAGGGCUUCAGAUGGUACUGCUAAUGAAGAACUUUUGAGUGGUGGUGGAGACGUGAUAAUUGGGUGGAGGCCAGAGCAGCUUGACACGGCUGAGCAGGCACUCGAGAGAGCUCGAAGGAUUUGGAUGGAGAAUGCUAUGCGUGGUGAUCCUGAUACACCACACGGUCGGGUUUUAAGAGAGCUUCGUGGAGAGUGGUUUUGA